AUGUCCUACUACCUUUGGGAAGAGGCUCCCACCAAUGAGGAGUUCUUUUCCUCCUACUCAAUCAGCGGCUUCCCACUACAGCACGCUGUCACCACUCCUGCCAUUGGGAUGCAAGCGCAAGCACAACCUCUGGCAACAGGUCCGCGAACUUACAGCAAUGCUUCCAUGCAACCGCCCUCCUUGUACGGUCACGGUGUACCCGACUCUCAUAUCGAUUUACGAGACCAGAUCUCUAUUCCUCGAACGACCAUGUUCAACAACACGCCGCAGAACAGCCCCGGGCGGCCAUCGCUGUCACACUCUCAGGCUUCGUACGCCGCGACCUCACCGUCUCAACACAGUCCAGGACAGCGUGUCCGCUGGCCAUCCUUGACGGACUCGCAGCCAGUCCAGCCGCCACUUCCACAAGAGCACCAACACCAGUCAUCACGCAUCCCGACGGGCCAGGCGCCAGCUUCCGAAGCCACUUCUCAACAUCCCGUCAACGGCGGCACAAAGCCCUCGCGAGUGGCCAUUCCUCGCUACAGUCGCAGCGACUCGAUUCAGACCAGACCGUCUAUCAGCCGCGCAGAAUCAGGCGAUUCGCCUCAGUCUGUUGUCAGUCCCACCAAUACUGUCGAUCAGCCUGUCAUGACGGCUCCGACGGGUCCAAUGACCAAAAGCGUGGCAUUGCCCAAUCGCCCACGUCCUGGCCGAAAGCCGAUUCCAGUCGCAGAUGCACAAGAUCGUCGCCGCAAUCAAAACCGUCAAGCUCAGCGGAACUUUCGCGAUAAGCGUCAGCAAAAAUUGGAGGAGGCUACGAUCGAGCUGGAACAGUUGAAGCACAGUUAUCAGGAGGCGAUGAGGACAUGGCAACAGCAAGAUGAAGACAAUCGCCAAAAGCUCAAUGCUGCUCUCGAGCGCGCUGCACGUGCCGAGGAACAGCUCAGACUCAUCACUGAGCGUGCAGAGAAGUUGCAACAGCAAGCCCAGAGUGCCCAAAACCCGCUGCUCUCACCGUCCAGUAUUGGCACUUUCCGCACUGGCGUGGCUGCACCGACCACUCAGGCUCGUGAGGAUGUGCCUCCAGCAAGCUAUCCGCAUGAGGUCGACUUCACCAACUUCGGCCGGUCUCUCGCCAAUGGCUUCUCCUCUCGGAACGUCGCGUCGACCAACGACGACAGCCAGAUGGACUUUAGGAUGGACCAAGAUGAUAAAUGCGGCUUCUGCACCGACACUUCAAACUGUCUGUGUCGCCAAGCCGAAGCUGCAAAUGCGGAGAAAGCUAUUCAGGCUCCUGAGCCAGUGUCCGCACCGACCAUCACUCUUCCUGGUGGCUGUGAGAAAUGUCAGGCCGACCCAGAACGUGCCAGAGCCUGCAGGGAGUUGGCUUCCGCUACCCGCAUGACUAUGCGAGGAAUUGACAAUCCUCCACGUCCAAAUCUCGGAGACGGCGAUCCCAUGGAUACUUCUUGCUCCACGAUGGUUGAUAAGUUCAAUCAAUUCGGCGAGCGCACCGCAUCCAUUGCCGACCUGUUCGGCCGCCGUCAGAUGCGAGCGUACCCGAGACCAACGGGAGGUUACGAUCUCGAGGAGGCUGAUGCCGCUGAGGUACUGACCUCCUUGCAUCGCCGGCAUCGUGUGACCCCGAACCCAUCUCCGCCAAAUCCAAGGGAGGCUGCCGCGCAAUUUUGA